AUUCGAUUUUAAACUAAUCCAACUAGCUUCUCAUUUCUAUUCAAACUAUAAAAUAAAAAUAAUGUCUGACGGCGAAGAGGAUCAAACUGCAAUUGUCUGCGACAAUGGAUCAGGAUUAGUGAAAUCUGGAUUUGCUGGAGACGACGCACCAAGAGCUGUGUUUCCUUCCAUUGUGGGAAGACCAAGACAUCAGGGUGUAAUGGUAGGAAUGGGCCAGAAAGACAGCUACGUUGGCGAUGAGGCCCAAAGUAAAAGAGGAAUCCUCACUCUCAAGUAUCCGAUUGAACACGGAAUAAUUACUAAUUGGGACGACAUGGAAAAGAUCUGGCAUCAUACAAUGUACAACGAACUACGUGUCGCACCCGAAGAACAUCCUACGUUGUUAACUGAAGCUCCAUUGAAUCCAAAAGCAAACAGAGAAAAAAUGACACAAAUUAUGUUUGAAACAUUUAACGUUCCAGCAAUGUACGUCGCUAUUCAAGCUGUUUUGUCCUUAUAUGCAUCCGGCAGAACCACAGGUAUUGUUAUGGAUGCAGGUGAUGGUGUUUCACAUAAUGUACCAAUAUACGAAGGUUAUGCACUACCUCACGCAAUCGCUAGAUUGGACUUGGCUGGUCGUGAUCUCACUGACUAUUUGAUGAAAAUUCUGACUGAAAGAGGAUAUUCUUUCGUUACAACUGCUGAACGUGAAAUCGUUCGCGAUAUUAAAGAAAAACUGUGUUAUGUUGCUCUUGACUUUGAACAAGAAAUGGCAACAGCUGCUUCAUCAACAUCACUUGAAAAAAGUUACGAACUUCCUGAUGGACAAGUUAUCACUAUAGGAAAUGAAAGGUUUAGAUGCCCAGAGACUCUAUUUCAACCUUCCUUCAUUGGUAUGGAAUCUGCCGGCAUUCAUGAAACAACAUAUAACUCGAUUAUGAAAUGCGACAUUGACAUUCGUAAGGACUUGUACGCUAACAAUGUUCUUUCUGGAGGAACUACAAUGUAUCCUGGUAUUGCUGAUCGUAUGCAGAAAGAAAUUACUGCUCUUGCACCAAGUACCAUGAAAAUCAAGAUCAUCGCUCCUCCGGAAAGAAAAUAUUCUGUCUGGAUUGGGGGAUCAAUCUUGGCUUCUCUCUCAACUUUCCAACAAAUGUGGAUUUCAAAGCAAGAAUAUGAUGAAGCUGGUCCUUCGAUUGUUCAUAGAAAAUGCUUCUAAUUUAAUUUCUAAUAGUUGUGUUUUUAACGCAUGGCUUUCACUAAGACCGUGUUUUUAUUUAUUUUUGAAUCUGUAACGUUUUAAACUCUUCCUCACUAGUAACAAACAAACAUGUAUUUUGAACUGAUAAGUGAGGUACAUCUUUUACGACCUGUCCUAUUCGUACAAAUAUAUAAGUAAGUAAACGUAUAGGUGCCUGAUUUAAAAUAAUACUUCUUUAAUUGCAUUAACUUGAACAAUGAAAUUGAAAUUAACCUAAAAUAAAUUGAACAAUGUCUGAGUCAAAUGAUUCAUUCACCACAUA